AUCGGCAUGGGGGACAUGGGGAAGAUGUAUGCCUGGCGCUUAAGUGCGGCCGGCUGGAAGUGAGUCUUGCUGCUCUGGUCGUGUGGACGCCGUGUCUGGAUCCUUUUGGUAAGUCACAUCCCCCUUAUAUUCAAUCCCUUUGUUAUGAUGACUGUGAGUGCAUUUGGCUCGAGUGUGGGCGUGUCUGUCCUGUCGCCGUCUUGGUAGCGGGUAGCAGACACGUACUGCCAAUGAUGUGAAUUCUCGCUACCUAAUAUAUACACCUCUGAUCCCUUCAAAUCCUCUCAAGUUUAUUGCAAGCUUGUUUUGGACUUUGCUGACCGAGUGCCUCAGAUAUCCUCGAUCGUGCUCCCACAGCAAAUGCUAACCUACAGUUUAGAGUAAAUGCCUGUGACAUGCCGGAAAGGUUUGAUGCGUUGGUGGCAGAGUUUCGGAGUAGUCCGAAUGUUGAAAUCUUGCGAACCGGUCAUCUCGUGUCCCGAAUCAGCGACUACAUCAUCUACAGUGUCGAGGCGAAGAACAUCGACGCCGUCGUGAAGCAAUUCGGUCCUUCGACUAAGCUCGGUGCCGUGGUCGGAGGUCAGACCUCUUGCAAAGCGCCCGAGAUCGCGGCCUUUGAGAAGCAUCUCCCUCCUGACGUCCACAUUGUGUCCUGCCACUCCCUCCAUGGACCCAAAGUCGACCCCAAAGGGCAGCCGCUCGUCCUCAUCAAGCACCGCGCCUCGGACGAAGCCUUCCGCUUCGUAGAAGAAGUGCUCUCGUGCCUGCAGUCAACCCACGUCUACCUCACACGCGAGCAACACGACCGCAUCACCGCAGACACGCAAGCCGUCACCCAUGCCGCCUUCCUCAGUAUGGGCGCCGCCUGGAAUGCCAACAAUCAGUUCCCUUGGGAGACCGCGCGCUACAUCGGCGGCAUUGAAAACGUCAAGAUCAACAUCACCCUCCGCAUCUACGCGGCGAAGUGGCACGUCUAUGCCGGCCUCGCCAUCCUCAACCCCGACGCCCAAAAGCAGAUCAAGCAGUACGCCGAGUCCGUCACCGAGCUAUUCAAGCUGAUGCUCGGUGGACACCGCAAGGAACUGCGAGAACGCAUCAUGGCGGCCCGCGAGGCGGUGUUCCACACUGCUACGCCGAACAAGCAGGAGAUUUUGCUCAAGGAGGAUGUGCUGAACCAGUUCUCGCUAGGCGAGAUUCCGGAGCAAAGGCUGAAGAAUAAUCAUCUUAGUCUGCUGGCGAUGGUGGAUUGUUGGUGGAAGUUGGGCAUUGUGCCUUAUGAUCAUAUGAUCUGCUCGACGCCGCUGUUCCGCAUGUGGCUCGGCAUAACCGAGUAUCUCUUCCGCAACGACAAGCUCCUCGAAGAAGCCAUCGACACCGCCAUCGACGACAACACGUUCCGCCACGACGACCUGGAGUUUACGUUUGCGGCGCGCGACUGGAGCAGCAGAGUUACCUUGGGCAACUUCGACGGCUACAGGGAGAAGUUCGAGGCGAUCCAGAAGUACUUCGAGCCUAGGUUCCCGGACGCGACGAAGCUGGGCAAUGAGAUGAUUAAGACGAUUCUGGAGCAGACGAGGGAGAGGGGAUCGUAGUGGGAAGAGGCAGAAAAGUGGAGGGUGAAAUAAAGUCUGAUGGGAGGCGUGCUGUGUCGGUAGAUGACAGUACGUAUGAUGGGAAACCAUACGUAACCUCAUCUCAUGAGUUUUUUGACAUGAAUCUCACGGGCAGUACCUUGCCAGGAUGGAUCAUUCGAGCACGUGUGUCACACUCCCGUUCCAAUACUACGAAAACACUUUCACACUGGGUUCCCCACACCUCAUGCAAAAUCUUUGCACUUCCCGCCAAUACUGAAAACCAUCGAAGUGUAC